UGUCAGCGUGGUCCUGAAGCCAAAACAGCUAUAAAACUCACCCAAGUUAUUGAAACCUAUCAGGCUUCCAAUAAUAGAUUGAGGAGAUGAAGAUAUUAAAGUUCAAGCUUCUACAAAUGAUUCUGUUUCUGAUUUUCUGCUACAUGUAUGUGGUAGCAGAAGCAGAAGAGAAGAACCAGAAACUCAGAACGACUUAUGUGAUUCACAUGGAUAAGUCCAACAUGCCAGCAAGUUUCGAUGAUCAUUUUCAAUGGUACACUUCAUCUUUACAAUCAGUAUCAGAUUCUGCAGACAUGCUCUACACCUACGACAACGUAAUUCAUGGCUUCUCCACAAGGCUAACUGCCCAGGAAGCUGAAUCGCUUGAGAAACAACCAGGAAUUAUCUCAGUCCUGCCAGAAGUAAGAUAUGAGCUACACACAACUCGAACACCGGAAUUCCUCGGAUUGGAAAAGAGUGAAGCUCUGUUUUCUACAUUUGAAGCAGAGAGUGAUGUUAUUGUUGGAGUUUUAGACACUGGAGUUUGGCCAGAGCUGAAAAGCUUCAACGACACAGGGCUUGGACCAGUUCCAGGCGGCUGGAAAGGAGAGUGCGAGCUUGGCAAGAACUUUAACUCAUCAAGCUGCAACAGGAAACUAAUCGGUGCAAGGUAUUUCUCAAAAGGGUAUGAAGCAGAGUUUGGGCCCAUUAAUGAAACAAGUGAAUCAAAAUCACCGAGAGAUGACAAAGGCCAUGGAACUCACACAUCAACUACAGCAGCUGGCUCAGCUGUCUCCGGAGCUAGCCUACUCGGUUUUGCUUCUGGUACAGCACGCGGUAUGGCCACAAAAGCCCGGGUUGCUACAUACAAGGUUUGUUGGCUUGGUGGGUGUUUUGGCAGCGAUAUCAUUGCAGGCAUGGAUAAGGCUGUGGCAGAUGGAGUAAAUAUUUUGUCCAUGUCUAUUGGAGGAGGAGAUUCAGAAUACUAUAGAGAUACUGUUGCAAUUGGAGCUUUCACAGCUAUGGCACAGGGGAUUCUUGUAUCUUGUUCAGCUGGAAAUGGUGGACCAGAUUCAGGAAGCUUGUCCAACGUUGCACCUUGGAUAACCACUGUAGGUGCUGGAACUUUGGAUCGCGAUUUUCCAGCUUAUAUUACCCUUGGAAGUGGAAAGAAUUUGUCUGGCGUAUCUCUGUAUAGUGGAAAAUCAUUAUCUAGUUCCUUGGUGCCACUAGUUAACGGAGCUAACGCAAGUGAAUCAUCAAGCGGCAGUCUUUGCUUGACUGGAAGUUUAAUUCCUGCAAAAGUUGCAGGGAAAAUUGUGAUAUGUGAUCGAGGAGGCAAUGCCAUGGCGCAAAAGGGUGUGGUGGUGAAAGAUGCUGGCGGUGUUGGGAUGAUUUUAGCUAACACCGAACCCUAUGGGGAAGAGCUAAUUGCGGAAGCACAGCUUUUGCCUUCAGUAACGGUGGGUGAAAAAGCUGGUGAUGUGAUUAAGAAAUAUGUCUCUUCGGAUCCCAAUCCAGUGGCCACCAUCAAUUCUGGGGGUACACAGCUGGGUGUUGAGCCAUCACCAGUUGUGGCAGCGUUCAGCUCCAGAGGUCCAAAUCCAGUCACUCCGGAAAUACUCAAACCAGACCUUAUAGCACCAGGGGUCAAUAUCCUGGCUGGUUGGACCGGUGCCGUUGGUCCGACUAGGUUGCAAAGUGACACCCGGCGGGUGAGCUUCAACAUCGAUUCAGGUACAUCGAUGGCAUGUCCCCAUGUGAGCGGAUUGGCUGCACUCCUCAAGGGUGCGCACCCAGAAUGGAGCCCUGCAGCCAUUAAGUCUGCUCUAAUGACCACAGCCUACUCAACAUACAAAAACGGAGAAGCCAUUUUAGAUAUUGCCACCGGGGAACCCUCAACACCGUUUGAUUACGGUGCCGGACACGUGGAUCCUGUAGCAGCCCUUGAUCCUGGCCUUGUCUAUGAUGCCAACGUCGAGGACUACCUAGGCUUCCUCUGUGCCUUAAACUAUAGCACAACCAAGAUUAAGCAAGCUACAAACAAAGACUUCACCUGCGAGUCCGGAAAAAUUUACAGCCUGAGAGACUUUAACUACCCAUCUUUCUCUGUUCCUUUGCGAACUUCAACAGAGAAAGGAGGUGGCUCUGACUCAACCAGCACUCUGAAAUACUCUAGGACUGUAACAAAUGUGGGCACGCCUGGAACGUACAAUGUAUCAGUAUCUUCACAGAUUUCAUCAGUGAAGAUUGUGGUUGAGCCAGAAUCAUUAAGUUUCAGUGAACAAAACCAGAAACAGAGCUACACAGUUACUUUUACUUCUAGUUCUAUGCCAUCUGGUACAAACAAGUUUGCUAGCCUCCAGUGGUCGGAUGGGAAACAUGUUGUUAAAAGUCCAAUAGCCUUCAGCUGGACAUAAACAACCACAUUGAGAAAUGGGCUAACUACUAAAUCAUGGUCAAAGACGUGCAUCCAAGCACAGUGAAGCCUCACUCUGUGUACUUACAGUGGAUUAAGAAGAGAGGGAAGACAAUUGUCCAUAAAAACCUGUAAAAUUGUUGUUGAACUCCAUUUCAUUUUAAUUAUAUAUCAUCUUUAUAAGGCAGUCCAUUAAGGACAAUAUAAGAAUCGUUUGCUCUAUAGCAUCCUGCCCAUCCUUACUCGAGUGAAGAGGAAGAGGGGUGAAAACAUUGAAAGACACAACUUAUAUGUUUCAGAGCAAAUUCUAACAUUAUUCAGAA